AUGAGAUCUUUUUUCUUUAUUACUUUGUAUAUUCUUUUUUUGAGUGGACUUUCACUAGGUAACUAGAAGUGUCAUCAGUCUGACGCUAUUUAGUUACAUUAUUUACCUGAACCUUUUAGAGUUACUGGUAAAGCAACCGGAAUAUUACAAUCUGAGCAGGUUUCAAUUGGACUCACUGUAGAAACAUUAGAUAAGGAAGCAGCAGAGUCUUUAAAUAGAAAUUCUUAAAUAAUUAAUAAUGCAAUCACAGCUUUUAAAACUCUUGGUCUUUCUGAUAAUGAGUUUUCUACUAAUGGUCUAUCUGUCUAUCCAAGCUAUAGAUCUGAGUACAAUAAAGAUACAUAAUAAUAUCAUUCAGUGUUUGAAGGCUAUAAAGUUAGAAACAGUAUUACAAUAAACACAAAAUAAAUAAAUCUUGCUGGCAAGAUUAUUGACAAUGCUGUUUAAAAUGGAGUAACUAAUAUUGACUAUAUAGAAUACAACCCAUUAAGUCAUAACAUUACUAAAUUGAGAGAAAAACUACUUGCAGAAGCAGUGAGAAAUGCUAGAAAAUAAGCAAAAAUUGUUCUAGAUGAGUUACAAUAUGAGAUAGUUUCAAUAAAAAACAUCUAGAUAGUUGACUACCACCAAUACCAACCACCUUUUCACCCUCAGCCUAGACCUAUGCCUUCUCCUUAACCAGAUAGUUAUGCUGAAACUAAGGUAUUCAGCUCAGUUAAUAAAUAAGAAGUGUAAGUUGAAGUCUUCUUUAUCAUCAAGAAAUUAGAAUAGGAUGACGAUUGA